UUUGAAACAAAUAUGGGAAAAUUAGCCAAUUAUUAAAAGAAACCGACUCUGCUUCUCCUCUGGCUUAUGUCUUCGCCCCUCACAGGCACAGCAUUUCUUUGUAAUGGCGCCUCUCUUCCUGGACCUUCUUACUUUCCAAGCGUGCGGAGCACUGGCUGUUACACACAGGGAGGACCCGGAACUCACGUUCCCACGCCUUCGGCUGAGGUGCAGCCCCGACCUCGGGCUCGCCGCCCCGGGCGGGCCCGCAAGCAGGUGGCCACCCACAGCCUCGCCAGGCCCGGGCCCUGGCCAGCAGCCUGCGCGUGGCGGGGCGCCGCGGCCUUCGAAGGCCUGUGACGCGACGCACAUGCCCGCGCCCGCCUCCCGCGUCGGCGAGAAGAAAGGGAGCCCGGACGCGCGGAGGCUGACCCGGAGCCUACCCAUGAGGCAGCGCGCCGGCUCCACGAGAACCCCCCCCCCCUUCCCACGGCUCAGCUGCUGCUCCGCAAUGGGAGCCGCCGCCGUCGCCGCUGUGUAGUUUUUCGUGCUCCUCCUUUUCCUCCUCCUCUUUCUCCUCCUCCUCAGGGCCCCAGUCAGGCCGAUCCGCUCCGCUCACGGAAGGAAAACUGAGAUAUAAAUUGCUCUUUUGUCUGGAGUCACAUGUACUUAGGUGACAAUUUACAGAAAGUCAACUCUGCAACUUGAUGGGCGACAACCCUUUUCAGCCAAAAAAUAAUUCAAAAAUGGCAGAACUCUUUAUGGAAUGUGAAGAAGAAGAGUUAGAACCAUGGCAGAAGAAAGUAAAAGAGGUUGAGGAUGAUGAUGAUGAUGAGCCAAUCUUUGUUGGAGAGAUAACAAGUUCAAAACCAGCAAUUUCAAAUAUUUUGAAUAGAGUAAACCCCAGCUCAUAUUCAAGGGGAAUAAAGAAUGGUGCACUCAGUCGAGGUAUUACUGCUGCAUUCAAGCCUACAAGUCAACACUACACGAACCCAACAUCAAAUCCAGUGGCUGCCUCGCCAGUAAAUUUUCAUCCUGAAUCUAGAUCUUCAGAUAGUUCUAUUAUUGUUCAGCCUUUGUCUAAACCUGGUUAUAUAACGAACUCAUCACGAGUUGUGUCUAAUAAUUCUUCAGAGUUACUGUUUGACUUGACCCAGGAUACAGGAUCAUCACAUUACCAAGGGGGACCAACACUUUCUAUACCAGGUAUGAAUGAAAGUUCCUUUUUAUCAAAACGUCCUUCUACUUCUGAAGUAAACAGCGUUAAUCCAAAAAAGCCAAAGCCCAGUGAUGGUAUUUCUGGAUUAAAUUCUUCAGCUGUAUUUCCUUCAGUUAAAUCUCUUUCAGUGACAUCUCCCCAGGCUACAUCAUCAAAAGGUACAAAUACCUCAUCACAUCAAUCUAAAAAUGGAACACCUUUUCCAAGAGCUUGUCCAAAGUGCAAUAUUCAUUUUAAUCUUUUGGAUCCUUUGAAAAAUCACAUGAAGUACUGUUGUCCAGACAUGAUAAAUAACUUUUUAGGACUGGCUAAAACAGAAUUUUCAAGUACAGCAAAUAAAAAUAAGGCUGUUGAUUCAGAGAAAGGAAAAUUGAUCAUGUUAGUUAAUGAUUUUUAUUAUGGAAAACAUGAAGGAGAUGUCCAGGAAGAACAGAAGACUCACACAACUUUUAAAUGCUUCAGUUGCUUGAAAAUUCUUAAAAAUAAUAUUAGGUUUAUGAACCACAUGAAACACCAUUUGGAACUUGAGAAGCAGAGCAGUGAGAGCUGGGAAAACCACACCACCUGCCAGCACUGCUAUCGUCAGUUUCCCACACCAUUUCAACUGCAGUGUCACAUUGAAAGCACGCAUACACCCCAUGAAUUUUCUACCAUUUGCAAAAUCUGUGAAUUAUCAUUUGAAACAGAGCAUAUUCUUUUACAGCAUAUGAAGGACAAUCAUAAGCCUGGGGAAAUGCCAUAUAUUUGCCAGGUUUGCAAUUAUAGAUCAUCGUCAUUUUCUGAUGUAGAGACUCAUUUUAGAACAUCCCACGAAAACACUAAGAACUUGCUAUGUCCAUUUUGCCUCAAAGUUAUUAAAAUUGCAACACCCUACAUGCAUCAUUAUAUGAAGCAUCAGAAAAAAGGAAUACAUCGCUGUACAAAAUGCAGACUGCAAUUUUUGACAUGCAAAGAGAAAAUGGAUCAUAAGACUCAACAUCAUAGAACAUUUAUAAAACCUAAACAACUGGAAGGAUUGCCUCCUGGAACAAAAGUUACUAUUCGAGCUUCAGUUGGACCGCUUCAGUCAGGAUCUUCAACUACACCUUCCAUUAGUGCAAGCACUUCUACCCUUCAGCUCUCACCUCCAAGGACUAAAAAUAUAACUGCUAAAAAUCCCACAAAAUCUAACACAAGCAAACCUAAUCCAACUAAAUCCAAUACAAGUAAACCUAAUGCAAGUAAGCCUAAUGGAAGUAAAUCUAAAUAUAAAUCAAAAAUCUCUAAUAUGCAAAAGAAACAAAGCACAUUGGCUAGUAGCAAUAAAAAAAGUAAAGUCAAUACAGCAUUGAGGAACUUAAGGUAUCGUCGGGGAGUUCACAAGUGCAUUGAGUGUUGUUCCGAAAUAAAAGAUUUUGCAAAUCACUUUCCUACGUAUGUCCAUUGUAGUUUUUGCAGAUACAACACUAGCUGUAGCAAAGCCUAUGUAAAUCAUAUGAUGAGCUUUCAUAGUAACCGUCCAAGUAAAAGGUUUUGUAUUUUUAAGAAGCAUUCAGAAGAUCUCAGGGGCAUUACUCUAGUGUGCCUUAAUUGUGAUUUCAUAGCUGAUGUUUCUGGCUUAGAUAAUAUGGCCACACACUUAAGUCAACAUGAAACUCAUACUUGUCAAGUUGUAAUAGAGAAAGUUUCUGUUUGUAUCCCAACUUCUGAACAUCUUUCUGAAUUAAAAAAUGAAGCUCCCACUAAGGAACAAGAACCUGUGUCUGAGGAAAUUGCAAGACCUAAUAUGGCUCAAGGAGAAACAGAAACAUCAAAUUCUGAAAGUAAACAAGAUAAAGCUUCUUCAGAGGAAGAAAAAAAUGGAUGUGAUACAAAUUCAUUUGAAGGCUCAUUAGCAACAAAAAGUGAAGAAAGCAUAACAGCUUCAAAUAAGGAAAAUGAUACCUGUCUCGAAGACCAGAAAACGGGCUUAAAGAAUAUCUUCAGUCAUGAUUCAAAUAUUGAUGCCAGUAAAGUAGAAAAGGAGAAACAAAUAGAGCACAUUUGUCAGGAAACAGAGUUGAAGAUGUGUCAAAGUUCAGGAAACUUAAUUUCAUGUGAUCAGAUUGAAGAUUCCAACUCCAGUGAAGCUAGGUUUUCUUCGAAGAAUAUUAAGGAUUUGCAGUUAACAUCUGGUGAUGUUAGCAUUGAUCAGUUUUUGAGAAAAAGAGAUGAACCUGAAUCUGUUAGUUCUGAUGUUAGUGAGCAAGGCAGUGUUCAUUUAGAACCUUUGACUCCAUCAGAGGUACUUGAGUAUGAAGCCACAGAGAUUCUUCAGAAAGGUAGUGGUGAUCCUUCAGCCAAGACUGAUGACUUAGUAUCUGAUCAAACUGACAGUGUUCCUGGAGAAAAUAGCCGUAGCACAACAGAGACAACAGUAGACCUGGCAGAUGAAAAAGAAAGAAGUUGAAAUUUAGUAGUCAUUCUAAGUUUAGUGUACCAACGGUAAGAACAUUUGCAACAGUGCUAUCAGGUGAGCUCAGAGGUGCUGUUAUGUAGAGUUCAGAAAGAGAAAAAUGUGAAGGAAGUCAUUCAUAUACACUUUACCUGUAUGUUGAACCUAGGUUCUUAAAGAAAUCAAUUCACUGAUAAGAGCAUGAUUUCUGUGGAUUUCCAAGAAGCCUUUAAAACAUAACAGGAUUUUAGUGGAAGUUAAGUUUGCAAUGGAAAAGUCUCAUUUAAUGGUUUGUGAGGAGAACUUGGUGGCCAGUACAAAUUGAUUAUUAGAAUAUCAAUUAUAAUAAUAAAGCUUUUGAAACUUCCAUCAGUCCUAAACUAAAAGAUUUUAUUACCUAUGUAUUCUUUUCAGUUAACUUAAAGGAAGAGAUUUGGAAACCCCACACCUUUUGGGAAUAAUUGAUUAAAAAUAAUGGCUGAUAGGCAUUGUUAAUGAAGGCUUCAUUUUGAGUAUAAUGCUGGUAAAUGGAGCAUGCUUAGAGUGCGAAAUUAAUUGAUCUAAUGAGAAUUUGGAUGAACGUAAAAUUAAUUUUGGAUUUAAUAUAACAUUCCAGACUGUCAGAAGCAUGUAAACAGAAUAUUUGAAUCUGUGUACCUCCAUACAAGUGUUAGCCUGCCAGGCUGUAAACUUACCUUAAUUAAACUUUCAGUGAAAGUGAAAUUAUUAAGAUAAUAAAUUUAUAUUUGUGCUUUUUGUCAGUGUGUAAGCUGUGCAGAAAUCCUUGAUGUGCUAGUUGUAUAAAAUAGAAACCCAUUGUUGAAACUCCUGUAGCUAUUAUGCUUUUAAUAUUGUUUUAAUGAUCUUUAGAAAUAGACCCAUAAAAAUGGUCUGGAAGCCAAACCAAAGUAUGGUAUAAUGUAGAUAUUGUAAAGCAGUAAACUGAAAACAUGUCCUGGCUCAUGCCAUGUUUAAGUGACUUUUUCUUUAAUUGUAAAAUAGAAACUUCAAAUGGGACCUAAAGCAGUGAUGUAAAAAAUUGGUUUGGGAUAUUUAGCCUAAUUUAUCCAUAUCCUAUUUUAUCCAUAAAAUGGCUGCUAAAUUGAUUUUUCAGUUGUUUUUUUAUCAUCUAGAAAAUAAUAGAGAUAGAAAUAAAUAAUAUGAAUAACAGUAGUUUGCUUUAAAGUACUAAAAAAUUUAUUUAAAAUGCUACAUUUUUACUUCUUAAAAUGUGCUUUGAAUUCUUAAGUUUUGUUUCACUGAAUGUUAAACGUUUUAAACGGCUAUUAAAAUUCUGCUGUAUAUAGUAGUUUUUGAGUAAAUAUUUGCAAUAAAAAUCUGUCCCUGAAUAA